CGGCUUGACAUUAAAGGAAGAAUAUCAAAGCCCUACGGCGUCCGAGAAGUCAAUUGCUAUCAGAUUCCAUCACCAGUGGGAUUGGUAGUAAUUCUUCUUGUUUGGCAUCAUGUCUUAAUUUUUCAUUUCUAAUUUAAUACUUGCGUUGCAAUUCUUUAUUUCUAAUUUAAUACUUGCAUUGCAAUUCUUCAUUUCUAAUUUAAUACUUGCAUUGCGAUUCCUCUCCUUCGACGGAAGGGUUGCAUAAGCACAAAAUGGACGUACAGUAAGCACAAAGUAGAUGUACAGCUACAUUUAUCCAAGUGAAGCUAAUCCACCAACUCAGUGAAAUGUUGAUGGGUGUUGAAAAAUCUCAGAGAGAUCAAAAAAAAAAAAAAAAACACUAUUCUUCGAUCCAUACUAAGUAACAAGGACUCAGCACCGAACACUUAAUCAUGCUUGAACCGGAUCAUCGAUACAAGUUAAAUGGUCGUACCUGUGGUGAUAGUAGACUCCUCGUUGAUUUUUUUAGGGUGGUCGAGGACAAAACAUGGCCUGUUAUCAAUAGAAUAAUCUCAACUUGGCAGCAGCAUUAUUAUGUUACCUUAUCGGUAGUACUAUCAAUUCCAGCUAAUGAAAUUGACUCGCUUGAAUUGCAAGGAGCGGCAAUGGACCCCCAAAUCAGAGAGAAAUUAAACUCAGCACCGGAAGUUCCCUUGAGUAUACCAAAUAAGAUUUUCGAAGGUCAAAUAACCAAGAGGAAAUUAGUUGAAGAUUUGAAUUAUUUCAUUCAUGCAAGCAACAGGAUUAGAUGUUUUAUUUACGAAGCAAGAUAUAAAGGGUAUUGUCUCUCCCAAGCUAUGGAGGUAGCCGGUAAUUUGAAGAUGGUAUUGAAGAUGCUUGAAACAUUUGAAUAUAUUUCCUCAAAGUGGUAUUCGGAUGAAUUCUAUAUACUUAAGAAGGAUCAUGGUCUUCAAAUAAAACUUAAAAUGUUCAAUGAAGAAUUCAUCAAAGCAUUUGUCUUGACCCAAGAAAGUCACUUAUUUAUUCAAUUAGACAGGUUAUAUUAUUUUAAUGAGAAAUUCCACGAUACGCUAGAGCUCGAAACUGAAAAGUAUUCUUGGGCACUAAGAUAUAUAUGUAUAUAUUGGGAAUGUAUCGUGAUUACAAAUAGGUUGCUUGAAAAUACCAAACACGAAGAGUUGUUUAGAAAGAGUCCCAUUUACAAUGAGUACUCCAAUUCACAGUUAGCAAUACCAUUUGACGAAUAUUUAUACGGAGUACGAUUUGUACAUUUAGGAUUAUACAAGGAAGGGAAACCCAGCAAAAAAGUAAUGAAUCAGAGUUUACUAACCAUAUACCAAUCGAUACUUGUAUUAUUUAAUUCAAUUGAAGAAUUGGAUUCGGAUCUUAUUUGGAUAGUGGCUCGAUAUGGGACCAUGGAUGAAGAAAGUAAAAACGCUGAUAAGAUCCCCCGAACAUUAUGGCCUUUCUUUCAAAAUGUUCAUAACAAGAGUUUCCAAUUAAAAGAACAAUUUAAAAACAAUUAUCAAGCACUACAUGAAUUAUUACUACCAUGCCAACACCCCGAUCUAUACAAUAGAUUGAGGGAUAGCAUAUCACUCUUCUUUAGUUGGACUAGCCACUUCCAGCAGUUCAGCCUGCGCCUAUCAGUAAUGGAGCUGAUGGCAGUAAAGAAAGAUAGAUACGUUUUUUCACUUAUGAAGACUCAAUGCGAGUCACUUUACAAGAAGUUGAACCUGAUAGUUCUCUUAUUACAGCCACAGGGAGUGACAGCAGAAGAACCGGCGGUCGAGAAAUUGGCCAAGGCCCCUUCUACCGUUGUACAACUGUUCUCCCAGCUGUGCUUGGACGCUUCUCGAUUGGCAAAAGUGAUUAGCUUGAAUCAAUCGUACGUAAUCCGUCAAAAUAUAUCGGUUCACUGAAAAAAAAAAAAAAAAAAAAAAGCGAUGAGAUUCACUUAUUACUUCUUCAACUUAUUAAUUCAACUUAUUAAUUCAACUUAACUACUUACUUCGUUAGUUCGGCAUGUCAUUUUCAUUUGGAUUCACCAACGAAGACUUCAGUGACGACGAGUUGGAAGGCCAAUCUGUUGUGGCCCAGACGCAACCGCAAGAACACCGCGAUCCCUUGGACCAAAUCAAGCUCGACGCAAACACCCAGCCCAAAUUACAUGAAUUGAGUUCGUUACUAGGGACGUUGACCAAUGUUCGACUCACGUUCGACAACUAUACCACCGGCAAGGGCAACAUCA